AUGGACGUCUCGAGCAUGCUGUCCAACGGCGGCGCCCAGGCUGCGGAUGGGGCAUAUGACAGCCAGCAGAACUUCACCAUCCGCAACAACACCUUCACACAGAAUCAAGCCUCUGCUGUCAAGACCGAGUCUCCAGCACCGCAGCGCCCACUGAGGAGCAACAACAUGCCUCCUCCUGCCGGCACUGGGUAUUCUCGUGCGUCGCCUGCCAAGAAGGGCCAAAAGCAUGUUGUGUUUCAACUUGUCGACGGCACCGACCCUCGUCUGCAGGCCCGUCUGCCCAUGCGUGUUAUGAUCUCGCAAAACGACAACACGGAAUCGAUCAUCACAUCCGUCAAGAACUUCUACGGCUUGUACGAAUGCGGCGUCAGCUUCGAGACCGAAGACCAGGUGGGCAUGAUCCCAGCCUACGACAACUUCCACCAUGACAUGAACGUUAUUGUGCGGACUGUCGCUCAGCACAGUCCAGUCAAGAGUGAGAGCGGUGUUGACUCGGCAUCGCCAAGCAAGCGCUCUCUGGGUGCAGCGUUCGAGCCGACCGCACGCUCGUACCUCCAGCCCUCGGCGCACUCUCCCUCCAAGUCCGGUGCUCGGUCGGUGGGUGUUCGUAGCCUGUCUCCAACGUCCGACAUUGGCAAGCGCAGCGCUUCUUCCGCUCCUGGCGGUCCACAGCGCCCGAAGAGGACCAAGAGCAAGGAUAGCAGCAUGAUGGGCGCCGCGGACGGAUACAGCAGUGGUGACGAUGGGGAAGGCUCUGUCGCCUCUCGUCGUUCCAAGGCCGAGCAGGUCAAGGCGGAGAUCAGCGUCGAGAACAUCGUCGAGGGUGGGCGCAGGAAGAGGGCGUUCGAGAGCUCGCAACUGCCGCUGUUCGUGCCACCGCAGGUCCCUGCCACCAACUCGCUGCCCUCCAUCUCGCCGCAGCGUAAAGUGGGAGGCCCCACUGCCGCAUCUCCCUACGGAUACCCGUCUAACCAACAGACGUUCUCGUACCAGCAACCUCUCCAAUCUCCUCAGGGCUACGCCGGCGCCUUCCCGCACCCAGGCAACGGCUACCAGAACGGGUACGGCGCUACGUAUCAACAGCAGCCUCCCCGCCAACUCCGCGGCUACUCCGGUACAUCCUACCCUCGUGGAUCGAACGGCGGCGUCAUGCCCACCCCAGAUCCCACCAUCGGUAGCGUCAAGUCUGACGAAGAUGCUGCGAGGAGUCUGCUACGCUUGAGCGACCCAUUCCUGGCGUUCUCUCACGGCCGAACAUCUACCUCAACUGUCGACGAUGCGUUCAGCGGCAAGGCAGACGCUGCGUCCUCGGACGAAGAAGAUUACGAUGAAGAGGAGGAAGAAGAGCAGUCGAGACUCCCAGCCGUGCCGCCAUUCUACCACAAUGAACCCGGCCCGCAGCGCAAGAAGCAGCGCCUGAUGAAUGACCUGCCCAGCGACCCAACCAGCGGCGAGGAGUACGAAGACCGCCGCGACGGCACCUUCGACAGCCAGGCCGGCAGCAAGGCUUCCAAGUCCAAGGGCGGCAAGUUUCGCGCCAGCAUGCCAUCCACCUACAACACCGACAAAGGCUCCAAGCCCCGCGCCAACUCCCUCAUCAAGCCGAAGUCCAAGUCCACCAGCCAAUUCGCCGUCCCAAUGUCGCCCUCCUCCCUCCCCGCCGGGUCCCGCAAGGGCUCCAUCGCCUCGACCAACUUCCAGAACCAGCUCGGCGAAGACGAAGAGGAUCUCUCCUCCAAGCCGCGCUGCAACCGCUGCCGCAAGAGCAAGAAGGGCUGUGACCGCCAGCGUCCGUGUGGGCGCUGCAAGGACGCGGGUAUCGGGCUGGAAGGGUGUAUUAGCGAGGAUGAUCAAGGACAGCGUAAGGGCAGGUUCGGGAGACACAUGGGGAUUCCGGUCAAGAAGGGCGAGGAAGGGUAUAUUGGGGGUGAGGAGGAGAUGGCGAGCCCGCAGAUGAGUGUGCCGGCGAAUGGGUACUUUAUUGCGCCCGCGCUGCCGAAGGAUAAGGGUGGGGAGAAGAAGAGGAAGAGGUAG